AUGUCAUCCCAACGCUCAGAAAAAUCUGUACAGGACGACAAAGUCUCAAUCGAAGAAGUGCUCGAGGAGCUUAACAUAGUCAAUUACCAACCUUUAAAUCUUCAGCUCGAUACUGGCGAUGAGUAUGUCAAUGUUCGUCAAAAGUGGUGGCAGUUAUGGUUACCUAAGGACCCACCACCUCCAGCUCCCCCGUCCCUAGAGGAUGCAGCGCUGACACCUUUGGCUAAUGCUUCAAUUUUCUCUCAGCUCACUUACACCUGGAUAACCGGUAUAAUGGUUCUCGGAUAUCAGCGCACGCUACAAGCCUCAGAUCUAUACAAAAUGGACACAUCACAAGAGUCAGCCGUACUUGCUGCUAAACUUGAAGCUGCAUGGCAGCGGCGUGUCAAGGCAGCAGCCGACUGGAAUGCACGUCUUGAGAGUGGAGAGCUCAGGCCAUCCUUCUUCAAGCGUACCGGCUGGGCCUUGCGGGCAAUUCCCAGUAGAGGGCAGAUACAAGGCGCGACCUGGUCUGAGCGACGUGCUGCGUUUCAGAAACAUUGGCGAGAAUGCGAAGGGCGGAAAGAGGCCAGCCUUGCUUGGGCUCUAAACGAUGUCUUUUUCACUCAGGUGAUUGGUGAUCUGGGUCAAAUUAUGGCACCCCUCGUCCUUCGGGAAAUCGUCAUCUUUGCGGAGGAGCGUUCCGCUGCAAUUGUUGCUGGAGAACCUACCCCUAAUGCCGGUCGUGGUAUCGCCAUGGCUAUCGGGCUCUUCGCACUUACUGUGAUAGCCAGCGUCUGCACUCAUCAGUUCUUCUGGCGUUCAAUGCUGACAGGCGUACUAGUUAGAGCCGCCCUGAUAACAUGUAUCUACGAGCGUGGAGUGAACCUCACAGGCAAAGCGCGUGUCAAACUCAGCAACGCCGCACUCGUCAACCAUAUUUCUACGGACGUGAGCAGGAUCGACGCGUGCGCUCAGUGGUUUAUUGACCUUCUCGCUACUAGCAUGCAGAUCAUAGUUUGUCUAAUCACUCUUCUAACCAUGCUCGGACAGUCUGCGCUCGCUGGUUUCUCGCUAUUCAUUAUCUUCUUCCCAUUUCAAAGUCGGUUGAUGGCGCAGCACCGCCGUAUGCGCUUGCGGUCGAUGAAGUGGACUGAUCAACGAGCGAAGGCUUUGCUCGAGGCGCCAUGCGAGUGGUUAAGUAUUUCUGCUAUGAGGUUCCCUUCCUUCAAAGGAUCUUCGAGCUUCGAAAGCAAGAAUUGCGUAGUAUCCGACAGAUUCUUCACUCAAGUUCGGCGCAGCUGGCGCUCGCUAUGUCGCCCUGCAGUUCUCGCUUCUACACUCGCUUUUGUCACAUACACCCUUAUAACGCCCAAGUUCAACGUUGCCGUCCUCUUCUCCUCGCUGAGUCUAUUUCGCAUUCUCCAGCAACCAAUGGUACUCAUGCCCCGGGCAUUAUCGUCUAUCCCUGACGCAUCCAGCGCGAUCCAGCGACUCACGCAUAUAUUCUAUGCAGAGCUCAUGUCUGAAGACGCACUCGUGAUCGACAAGGAUCAAGAGCCGGCGCUUCUGGUUAAGGACGCGACGUUUGAGUGGGAAUCCUUCGAGAAAGACUCAGGUGAAGCUGUCAGCUCGAAGAAGGGUGGAGUCGGUAGCAGCGGUAAGGACAAGAGCACGAAGGAGGACAAGGUGAAGGACAAGCCCGCUCCCGGACAGCACGCACCGCUCUUUAGGGUGAAGAAUGUGACCAUGACCAUCCCACGAGGCCAGCUCGUCGCUGUAGUCGGACCUAUCGGAAGCGGCAAGUCCAGCUUGUUGCAAGGUUUGAUAGGGGAGAUGAGGAAGGUCUCCGGGCAUGUUUCGUUUGGCGGUCGCGUCGGUUAUUGUCCGCAGACCGCAUGGAUUCAGAAUGCAACCUUGGUGAGCUGCGUUGCUCUCAAAAAGUUUAUACAUCUCACGUUUUACUCCAGCGUGAUAAUAUCAUUUUUGGUCGCCCUUUCGAGGAAGAUAGAUAUUGGCGCUGUUCUGGAAACCGCCUGUCUACUUCCAGAUAUCCAACUACUCCCUGAUGGGGAUUUGACUGAGAAAAGGGCUAUCAACCUCAGCGGUGGCCAAAAGCAGAGAGUUAACAUCGCUCGUGCUCUGUACUUCCAGCCUGAUAUUGUCAUAUUUGAUGACCCACUCUCAGCAGUGGAUGCUCACGUUGGAAAGUCCUUGUUCCAAGAUGCCAUCUUGGGAGCCUUGUGCAAUCGCGGUGUCACCGUCAUUCUGGUCACGCACGCGAUCCACUUUCUCCCUCAAGUAGAUUACAUUUAUACCAUGAACAACGGUGUGAUCACAGAGAGCGGGACCUACGAAGAAUUGAUCUCCCACGGCGGGGACUUUGCGCGUUUGGACCUGGAGUUCGGCGGUCAUGCGUCUGAGGGCAAAGAUGAUGUCCAGGCAGAGAAAGUCACUCCGCAGACAGGCGUCACCAUCGAGGAUGUCAAGUUGAAGUCAGAAAGAGCCAGAGAAAAGGCUACUGGCAGUGGUAAACUCGAAGGUCGCUUGAUGAGCAAAGAAAAGCGGAUCGACGGGCUCUGUGUCCUUGAGAGUUUCACAGUGUACUGGACCUACUUGGUUGCGGGACGCGGUCUGAUCACAGGGCCUGUAGUGCUGUUGUUCGUCAUCGGGAUGCAGGCAAGUCAGAUCUUGAACUCGUAUACACUAGUUUGGUGGGAGAGCAACAAAUUUGACAGACCAACCUCGUUCUAUCAGACGCUGUAUGGUUGCCUCGGGGUUAGUCAAACGGUCUCCCAAUUCUUGCUUGGUGCUACAAUGGACUUCAUGGCCUUCUACGUGUCUCAAAGCCUAUACCACAAGUCCUUACGCAACGUCUUUUAUGCACCUAUGUCCUUUUUCGACACUACGCCUAUGGGCCGAAUCCUGAGCGUCCUUGGCAAAGAUAUCGACAAUGUUGACAAUCAAUUAGGAAUUGCCAUGAAAUUGGGUGUCAUUUCGCUGGCUACACUUAUGGGCUCGGUCAUUAUUAUCACUAUCCUUGAACCAUACUUUGCUAUUGCUCUUGUCUUCAUCGCGAUCGGUUUCAACUACUUCGCUGCCUUCUAUCGAGGCAGUGCUCGUGAGGUCAAGCGCCUGGAAUCUAUGCUUCGCUCUAUUAUGUAUGCCCACUUUUCCGAGACCUUGACCGGCCUUCCUACCAUCCGAAGCUACGGAGACAUGAAGCGGUUCAUUGUCGCGAAUAGAUACUACAUCGAUCUGGAGGAUAGAGCUCUAUCCCUCGUGGCUACAAACCAGAGGCAAGUAGUCUUAUACCUAUUUCGCGGCGGCCUUGGCUUAUUUCCUUCCCUCAGAUGGCUUGCCCUCAGGUUGGAUUUCAUGGGAAGCUUGUUAGUCCUCGUUGUUGCUCUUCUCGCAGUGAACGACGUCUCCGGGAUCAACGCCGCCCAGAUAGGGUUGGUACUCACGUAUACUAGUGGGUCUCCCUAUGUUGCCACAACAGUCUACAUUGUUAAGCUUUUCACCGCAGACGUCGAGAAUCACAUGAACGCAGUAGAACGAGUGGUACAGUACGUCGAUGAGGACGCGAUACCUCGCGAGGCACCGCAUGAGAUCGAAGAACGCAAGCCCCCGGCGAAAUGGCCCGAACAUGGCGCCAUCAAAUUCAACAACGUUAAGAUGGCGUAUAGGCCGGGCCUCCCCAAUGUAUUGAAGGGUAUCUCGGUCAAUGUCAGGGGAGGCGAAAAGAUAGGUGUUGUUGGAAGGACUGGUGCCGGAAAAUCUUCAUUGAUGCUCGCGCUACUCCGAAUUGUCGAGCUGUCCGGUGGUUCGAUCACCAUCGAUGGCAUCGAUAUAUCUACGAUUGGUCUUAAAGACCUUCGCUCCAAGAUUUCUAUCAUUCCACAAGAUCCUCUUCUCUUUAGCGGAACCAUACGGUCCAACCUGGAUCCGUUCUCUCAACACAAUGACGCGGAGCUAUGGGAUGCGUUGCAUAGAUCUUAUCUUGCUGACUCUGGCACCGACUCGAAUCUUGCUGAUGGCAUCAGGGGGGAGCAAACUUCCACCAGCCGCCAUCGCCUUGACAGCACCGUUGAGAGUGAGGGAGCAAACCUCAGUGUUGGGGAGAGAUCUCUGCUUAGUCUAGCUCGUGCUCUGGUGAAAGACUCUAAAAUCGUCGUGCUUGACGAGGCCACAGCCUCUGUCGACCUUGAGACCGAUAACAAGAUCCAGCACACUAUCCAGACGCAAUUCAAGGACCACACGCUCCUUUGUAUUGCCCACCGACUUCGAACUAUCAUUUCGUACGACCGAAUUCUGGUCAUCGACGCUGGCCUCGUCGCAGAAUUCGACACUCCAUCUAAUCUUUUCAAAAUGGAGGGCGGAAUUUUCCGCGGAAUGUGCCAAAGUGGUAAUAUCUCCUUAAGAGAUAUAGAAACGGAUAGACCGGUGGAUUUUGUUGAGGUCGAUCUUGGGUCGUCGAUCUGGACCAAGGUAGUGCAAGGCUCGCAUACUGGAGACGUCAACUUCGUUAUUGGAAACAUACAGGCAAUUGUCUGGAUGGAAUGGUGCGAAGCAAACAAGUACGAACUCAGAAUACACAUCAACCCAAAAGUCCUUUCACAUAUUUCAAUAGUUCCCGCCCCUGCAAAAGAUGCAUGA